AUGGCGGAAAAGGAACUCAAAUGGUACAACAUCUUGAAGGUUCUUUUCGGAACCAUUUUAAGCAUUGCUGACCCGAUCACUGAUGUUCUCACACUGGUGGAAUUCUACCGCACAGAUCACAAGACGUGGUUCGGUGUGGGGCUUACAUUCAUUAUUUUGCCAAGUUUGUUUUUUCUUUUGAUUAACUACGUUUUACGUUUGAUGUCUGAUGCUUCAGGGAGGAUCUGGGGGUCAAAUGAUCAUGAAGAGAGCAAGUUUGAGGCUUGCAAAUUCACACAUGUUUUAGUCCUUGGAUGCAAUCCACUCUAUCCUGCCUGGCUGAAACUGCGAACGCUUUAUUGCUACCUAAAGAAGUUACUAAAACGCAGGCAAGGUAAUAACACCCAUCAAAUGUAUGGCGGAUACUCAGAAGAAGAGGAAGAGUUGGAUGAUCUACUGCGGUUCAGCGAACUCGGUGUUCUGGCCGAGGCCGCUCUCGAAUCAGCUCCUCAGUUUAUUAUUCAGUUGUACGCCAUGGCUGUUCAACAGCAAUCUGUGUCGAUCAUUCAAAUGGUUUCCCUGCCCGUGUCUUUCCUCAGCUUGGCUUGGGCGUCUACUGUUGCUGAUAAGACUGGUACGUUACCUGGCAAUUACAGACGACACCCCUAUUUCGGCGUGAAAGAUACAGUUCUACUAUUUGUAACGCACUUAUUUAUUUUAAGCAGUCGACUCUUUGCAGUUGCUUUGUUCACUGUAAGCUACAAGUGGUGGGUUAUCAGUGUUUUGAUCCUUCACUGUACGAUGAUAACGAUAUGUGACAGAGUUUGGCUUUGUAGAGGAAUAAGCGUUCACACAAUCGACGACGACCGAUUUAUGCCGAUUCUGUUUUUCUGCUUCCAUUGGCUACGAGAUGAUUUGUCAAUAAUUGGUUUCUACGGCGAAAACAGACGUUUAACAAUGAAGUUGAUCUCCAACGUGCUCUUUGUGAUAGAAAACCUCACCAUGAUCCUGCUGUUUUAUUUCAGUCAUUUCCCUCACACCUGGUACUCCUUACCAGUCACCAUCUGUGUAUGUUUAUUUGCUGUUCUAGGAGCCGUAAUGAGACUUACUCACUUUUAUUACUCACAGAGAAGGAAUCAGUCGGAAUCCAGUAGUGGAUAUAGCAUAGAAAGACCA